GCUAAAGUUCCCGUGUCUGUGCACAACUGUGCUGAACGCACGGGGACCGCAGACACUCAGAUGAGCCGGGCGCUGGGCUGGCCACGACGGAGCAUUUUGCCAUGCUGGGCAUAAUGCAGCGGAAGUCCCAUUGCCCUGCAACAUGUCGGAAGGGGAUGCACGCUGGCACUGGCCACGGUAUGCAGCCUGCUGGGCCAAGGCGGACUUGGCAAUCUCCUCUGCGGAUUUCCGUGCAACCUAUGCAGUCUCCGUCAGCCAAAGCCAGCUACAGAUUGCUUGCUACGAUGGUUGCCAGCCAAAUGCAGCACAGGACAGCCGGUGGACGGACAUAUCUGGCUUGCCGCAGCCGGCGAAAAAGAGCAAAGACACGCUUGGCCUGAGCUUUGGGGUGGCGCCGCGCCCCAUUGGAAUGGCCUUGGUGUCUUUGGAGGCAGCAGAGUGCUUGCUGAUUCUCCUCUCUUCUGGCCAUCUCUUGGCCGCCAGUUUGCAGAAUCUUGGAGUGGAGUCAGUUUUGGCAACAUUCCCUGAGGUGAGUGACGGCCAUGCAGCUGGAGCAGCGAUUGCUGUUGUCCAGCCGCUCGCUUGGGCAGUGGUGGCUGCAGGUCCUAAGCUUGGUCUUGUGGAACUUGAAGGCGCCGCCAACUCGGGUGUCAAGGCUUUCGAGCUUCCGAAGGGGUUCGCAGCCUCCAUGGUGAUGGCAUACCCUCAGGAAGAAUCAGCGCUGCUAGUUGGAUGCUCCACUGGCCAACUACUCUUGUAUUCCUGUACUGUCAUCCACAAGGGUCAGGUUCAGCGCCUGAACCUCUCACUGGUGCAGUUGCUGGAGAUCUCCGGGGCUGUUGUGCAGAACGGCCCCGCAGCUGGCUUCAGGGCAACUGUGGGGCGCUUGCUAGGAAGAGAUCGCAGCCAGACUCCGCCUCGCACCGGCUCCAAACCUCGAGGUGCUGGUGAUAUCAGUGUUGGUGAUGCAUUUGCUCUUCCCAGCGCAGAUGGCGAUGGGCUCCUGGUUGCCUGUGCCGGGUCUGGCACUGGCGGACCUGGAAGCCUGCUCAGUGUUUGGCACACUUCCCGGGACACUGUGAAGGAUUCUCAAAGCGCCACUUCUCGCUCAAGGUCUGGGCCAAUGCCUGCGCUUGGAUGCUCUCACUUUGCUUUAACUACAUCGCCGACGAGAAUUCUACGUGUGGUGGCAAUAGCUGGAAGUCGAGCGGGAGGCACUGGACACGUCAUACUGGCCCUCGACAGCUUCAGCGAUUUGACCAUUUGGUCGGCAAGGCAGAAAGCUUUGACGCCGUUGCGGGUCAUUCCUGGCCGCUGCCCGUUCGAGAUUGCAUCGGCGCGGACAUUUGCGCUGUCUGGGUCGUUGUACCUUCUAGUUGGGACUGGUUCUCGCAGCACUGCAGAGGUUGCUUGGCUCGAUGUCGCAGCAGUCCUGGAGUCCGGGGGUUGCUCCGCAGAUCUAAUGCCCCCGUUCGCUGGCCGCACCCGCAGCCGCGAUCUUCCGCCAGCUUUUACAGGUGAUGCAACUCAGCCUGCGGGCGGAGAUAUUUUCUUUGUGAGCGGCUCUGCCUGUCGUUGCUACAAGGCGUCAAAUGGUCGCACACUGGCUUUGCCACUGCCAGAGGCUGAUCAACCAUUGGGCAUUUUGGAUGUUUUGCGCUUGCCAAGUAGCAUCACUCAAUUGUUGCUUGCAGUGUCUCAGGCUGACGGCACCAAUGCUGUAUGGUUGGUCAAUGCGGAGGGAGAGCUCAUUGCUCGGAUCAUGGCGGUGGAUGCCUGCUUCACUUCUUCAAGAAUAGUGUGGCUUUGCAGGGAAGGCUCGAUGCGGACGUGCCAUGCAACUCUGCCAUCUGCACCUUGUGGAGUUCUUCAACCAGCUGCCUCGGCCACUGCAGAGGGUGUUGAACGAGUGCCGCAGACCUGGCCUGCGGCACAUUUGAUCAAAUAUCAAGCCAUGAGGAUUGGACAUGCAGAUUCAGACUUGGUGCUGUUCUGGGGGAGCAGGCUAGACGGAGGUCCACUUCGCUUUGAGGCGGGUGGGGCGGUUGCUUCCAUACCCAGCUGCGGUCCUAUGGAGCUUGUCGACUUUCGAUGGGAUGGGCAACCGUUGCAGCUUGCAGGAAGCUGCUUGGCACUGGCCGCGCCUUUUGCUGUGUGGGUUGUUCUGCUGGAUGGAGGCCGUGCCCAGCUGUUGGCUUGGUUGGAUGUGCGCGCUGCCUACGCUGGUGGUGGAAGGCUGCUAUCCAUCAGCUGGUUGAAGGCAAGAGACCUGGAAUCUUCGGGAGUUCUUCUACUAUCAACGCCGUUCGGGGUCUCUGCUUGGGCAGCUAAGCCGCUUUGCAGACCUAGAGUGUUGGCAUUGCACGAGCGGCCCCAGCUCGUCACUGCUGCGCUGGCAGAUAGGCUCAUCAUGGUGGAGCUCCAGGCUGGCACUUGCCUACAUGAUGGCCCAGACAACAUAGGAACCUUUCCAUCAGCAUCUCUGGUGUCUCCGCGUUUGAAAGCUCGGAUCAGGACCAGGCCGAUCAGUUUCUUUGAGGUUCUUUGCCAGCUUUGUCCCGGGCAAGAUGGGCCCUGGAUAAAAGAGGUGGACUGGCGGUUGGCUCCAGCAGAGCUCUCUCAGGAGCUCCCGCAGAGUAUUGCCAGCCAGCUGUGGCCAGCGACAUCUUGCUCAGAGGCACCACCGCAAUUACGCGAGUCGCCAUCUGCCCUCGGCGCCAUUGCCAAGGCUGCCCGUGAAGAGUUCCGCGCCCUUGCAGCGAUUGCAAAUGGCCUCAGCUCCAGCAGAGGCCGACAAGAAGAUUCUGCCGCUUUAACUGUGCGUUUGGUGGGGCAAAUUGAGGACGGUUUGCAUACCCUGCGGAGUAGCCCAGCCCGCAUGCAGAUGCUGAGCUGCGCUGCAGAACUCAUUGUGAUUUGCUGCAAGAGUUCUACUCCAGGUGCUAACGUUGAAGCUCUGGCCAUCACGAGCAAUGUACUUGCCAAGCAAGACGUACUACCACUUGGCAGCUUAAUGUCGUGCAUCCAGGUAAGCUAUCCGCUGUGCUCUUGCCCACUGCUGAUGUUUGGCAAGGGGAUCUUGGAGGUGAGCUCAUCGAGCUUCCAUUGGUCUGACGCUGUUUGCAGUUGCGCACCGCUGGCUGAGGCUUUGCUUCGAGAGGCCCUCCAGCAACGGCCUUUGGAGCGCACGACUCCAGACCUGUCUGCUGCUGCUUUGUGGCAACAGCCUUUCAGCGAGACACCACCACUCCGAAAGUCUCAGGCCUGUCAGCUUCACACAGCCACCCUAAUGCAGUGGCUGGGUCUGGGUACCACGCAGGUGCAGGUGCGAGUCUUCAAGGCCAUACAGCACGAGGCGGAGGAGAGCCCCAGCAGCCACGAGGAAAGCCCUGGCCAUGCAGAGAGGGAGCCUGGAGUGCUGGCGAACGGGCUUCUUAUUUAUUGGCGAUGUGCUGAUGGAGAAGGGGCCCACGUGAGAGACAGUGCAGGAUGUGGCCGUGCAGGAGCGCUGCGUGGUGGCAACUGGCGUGGGCCCUUGCUACCUGAUGAUCCGAUGGAAUCGACGGAUGAGUGGGGCCAAGCUUUAUCACCGAAUUUCGCUAUCCACUUGGGCCAGGCCGAGCUUCGUUAUUCUCCAACAAGUACGAGCGAUCGUGAAAUGCUGGCGCUGGUAGCAGGAAGCCGGCCAGAUGGCGAACAGCACCUUAGCAAGGCCCGCGAUGAAAAUGAGGGAGACAUGCUGGUUGCAGGUUGGACAGUUGAGCUUUGGCUGCGGAGAGUCAAGAGAAGCCCAGAGGACGCCAUACUUUUCCAGCGUUCGGGCAGUUCUACGCUGGAAUGGCGCUACAAGCCAAGUCAGCCUGGCUUUGAAGUCAACAUCAGCGGGCGGACUGCCCUAGCCGGCAGCUGCGACGCGCUUCCAGAAGCCGAGUGGGUGCAUGUCGCCCUGCGGUCGAACAUAGCUUCGUUGGAGGUUUGGGUUGAUGGCCUUAUGACCCUCACUGCCUCUGGAAACAUGCCACCACUCCCACUCGAGGCAGAUGUGACGUUUGGCCCCGCCGAGCUAGAGAUCACGGAGGUGCGGGUUUGGGGAGUUUGCCGUGCGGAAAGUGACCUUCAGCAUUUCCAGCAUCAAUGCUUGGACACUUUGCUGGGCAGUGAGUUGCGAGGCGAAGCCUGGAGGAAGGUCAAGAUACGAGCAGCUGCAGAUGUGCCUGCGCCCACAGGUGAAGGCAACUUAUCCCGUCUCUGGGGAAUCUCUGCACUUUCUCAUCCAGGCACAGGCCGUCGGAGGGCAGACACUUCUCAGGCUUCAAUGAGCGCUGCCGAAAAUGAUGCAGCGAGUGAGGACCCACAGGAUGCGUGGCCCAGCUGGAGCGGAGGUGUUACUGCAGGCUUUGGAGAUUGGCCUCCAGAAAUCGAAGUGCAGCCAGUGCCUGCCCCCACAGCCCCUGGGACAUCAGCAGAAUGGCCAGCAGAUGAAGGACAAGGCGAGGCUGCUACAGCGGAGGAGGUGCAUGAAAAGCCUAAGAGCCCGCUGCCACCUCCCAGAGAGGAGCCGCCUCCGCCAAAAACCUCCUUUGCCCCCAUUGGGCGGCUCAUGCAAGGUAUUCUCGCCAAACGACAGGCUGAGGCUGACAGGCCAGCAUCGAAAGCCACGCCUAUGGAUACUCACGAAGCGCCACAGGCUUUCCUCCCACCUGGCCCAACAGUUGCGAAGUCGCUUCAAACUCCGACAUCAGGCUUUGGAGGCCUGGUAGAGCCCUCCAAACACGAUUCCGUGCCAAAGCUCCAGCCGAGGAGGGUCCCCGCGCUCAAGCAGGCGCCGCCGUUGCUUGAGGUUCUUCCUCCGCUGCCGGUCGAAUGUGGCGCGCUUGCUGGUACUGAUGCUUCUGUUGGCAUUGCUGCGAACGCAUUUGACCGGCAGGCGUUUGGCUUCGCGAAUGCCGUGUUCACAUCUGUCAUCUCUCAGCUGGUUGGUGCAGGUAUUUCGCCGACAACGCCGGCAGUUCGCAGUCGCCUCGAGGCUGCAGUGAGCUACUCCUGCGUGUGCCGACUGCUGGAAGGCAUACAGGAGCAGCAAGCUGCGAUUCUGAAGGCCAAUGGUGAAGCUUCCUCGGCGCAUUUUCAACGUCAGCUAUGCCAGCGCUGGGAUUGCCUCCUGCGACUAUCGAAGUCUCCCCACCACACCGUACAACUGUCUUUGAGAGCGAUGGCAAGCCUCUUCCACUUUGCGGAGUCUGCCGGUGGUUGGGCGGCAGCUCGCCAGAUUGCUGAGGUGUUGUCCUCCCGCUACAGCAUGUACUUGGACAGCGAGCAGCAACAUCAGGUGCAGCAUGUCUUGGAGACGGCAGAUUGUGGACAGCUUGCAGGGCGCAGCAGCGCACCGAUGGUUCACGAUUGUCCGAAUUGCAGAGCUCCUUUGGAUGCUCUUAUGCGAGUUUGUGACAGCUGCAAUGCACUGUUGGCAGUGGAUUUCCGCGAGCUGCGACUGAUUGACCUACGGCGAGGUUGUCAAUGCUCGCUAUGCGCAGCCACUUUCGGAGGUGGCAAUGUGCCUCACUAUCCCAAGCUCGAGCGACGAAGGGUGGCAGGUUUGCCGCAAUCAGUCCGGUCACAGAAUUGCCCUGCUUGCGGCAGCGGUGAGCUUAGCAUGGGCGCUCCAACUCUUGCGUAUUAAUUCAAAACUAGAGUGCAGAUUUAGAAUUCGUCACAUUGCAAGAUGAUAGCUUUACUCGCGAUGUUGCGGUGUCACCGCAAAAAAGGUAGCAGAUCAAGCUGCCUCAAGCCAACA